AUAUCACAUGACGACACUGGGCUUGGCGCUGCGCGCUCUGGAUCCUCGUUGGCGGAUGUGACACUCUGGAGAUCAGGCAGACGGCAGAUCCUCCUCCAGCAGCGCACAAUGAUCCCGCUCAUUCGCUCUGGACGGAGUUGCGCGUUGCGGACCGGACCGAAUGAUCAGGACUCGACAUAAAACCCCGACGUCUCAGUUGAACAAGGCGACUUAAACAAAAAAAAAUUCGGAGACACCGUCGGUUCUUGUUUUAUAGGAGUGUCUGUCUACCUGCGGUGGAUUGAGGAGGGGUUGCUGUUCAGCAACAGGCUCACCUGCAGAGGCAGGACCAUGCGCUCCAAGGCUGCGCUUCCCCGGUUUGCCUCCCUUUUGUGUCUCCUUUUCCUUCCCUCGGUUUUGUCCUCCUCUCCUCGGCGGCAGUGGAUUCUCCAGCGUAUCCCUGUGGUCCUGCCCCAGCAGACAGAGGCUCGACCGACGCCGCAGUUUGUGAAUGAGGCACGCCUGGACGUUGCUUCCCCCUGCGACCCAGAAUGCCACAAGAAAGCCCCUCGUCCCAGCUACUGGGAUUUGCGGAGCCUUCUGGCCUACGAGACCCUAGACUCUAACGGCCAACUCACUGAGACCGCCAUUGGGAUUUAUGGCUACAAUCCCUAUUCCAAUACUAGUCCUGCUUACUCCUCUGGUUCCUCUGGUAAGGCAGAGCGGUCACAUGUCAGAAGAAAACGGCAAAUAUUUGGACAUGAUGGUCGUUUUAGUAUUGCGGGGCAGAACUUCCUGCUUAAGUACCCGUUCUCGGUGGCUGUCAAACUGUCCACUGGAUGUUCUGGUACACUGGUGGGGGACCGUCAUGUUCUCACAGCUGCUCAUUGUGUUCACGAUGGCAAAAACUAUGUGAAAGGAGCCCAGAAGCUUCGGGUGGGCUUUUUGAAACCAAAGCAACGGGAUGUACAACAUUCACCUAUUUACCUUCCCUCUAACUUUACCAACCAUGUAGAGGGAGGCCCAGAUCAGUACUCCCCACCUGCUAAUGACAAAAUGAAGUUCCAGUGGAUCAGAGCCAAGCGCACCCACGUUCCCAAAGGUUGGAUUAAAGGCAAUGCCAAUGACAUCGGGAUGGACUACGACUAUGCUUUGCUGGAGCUGAAAAAGCCUCACAAACGCCGCCACAUGAAGCUAGGGGUCAGCCCCCCAGCUCAGAGACUUCCCGGUCGUCGUGUCCACUUCUCAGGAUUUGACAAUGACCGCGCUGGACAGCUGGUGUACCGGUUCUGUCGGGCAGGCGAGGAAACGUCGGACUUGUUGUACCAGCACUGCGACGCUCAGCCUGGGGCCAGCGGCUCUGGAGUCUACGCCCGGAUGUGGGAUGGGCGGCGGCGGCGUUGGGAGCGCAAGGUGAUCGGUGUGUUCUCCGGCCACCAGUGGGUGGAGAAUAAAGGGACAUCUCAGGAAUUUAAUGUGGCAGUCAGAAUCACACCUCUUAAAUAUGCACAGAUCUGCUACUGGAUUAAAGGAAACUUUGUGGAUUGCAGAGAGGGGUGAAGGGGAAAAAAACGUAGAGAGGACUACACAGGGGUGUAGCCACAAAAAGAACUGUGCCAAUCUCUAGGAACCUUUUCACAUGUUGUGACGCUACAAACACAAAUUCAAGAAUGGUUUUAAAAGUCAGUUUUAAAAAUGAAUCUUUAAAAAAAAUAAAUAAUGUGACAUAAAUGUAUUCAGCCCCACUGACUCAGUCCUUUGUAGAACCACCCUUUAUUACAGUUACAGAUGCAGCAGAGAUUUGGGUCAUUACCAGCUUAGCAAAUCUAGACACAGAAAAUAUUGACUCUUCUUUAAUAAAAUAAGUCAUAUUGGAGCUAACAUUUGGCAGGACCAAUCAAACCCUUAGAUUUAACAUAUGGUUACUGUUAUACAUGGCUCUCCCUCCAGGGUGUCAUUAGCAUUCAAAAAAAGUUGUCAGUAGCAAAGUUGUACUUGAAAAGGUUUUGUUUUACUUAACUGCAAUUCUAGUCAAUGUGGAACUAACCUCUAUCCACAGCUCAACCUUUGUAUUUUGCAUUGAUUGAGCACUUAGAAAAUAUCUGUGCACCAGAUGAUUCUGAAGUUGGUUCAGAAAUUUUCAAAAACACUUUUUAAAAAAAAGAAUCUGGGCAUGAUUUGAUCAUCCCAUCUUUAAAAUUCAAAAUAUGUUUAGGUUUUGUUGAACCAUCUAUAAAAUUCUUCUUGUGAAGCAAAAGACUAGCAGCAAACUCAUCAGUAUAUUUUAGUUCUUAAUGUUUCUGAUAAGUGCAUCAUAUUUCUUUUCCACAAUAUUGUUUAUUUAAAAGGUGGGUGUGUUUAUGUGAAGUGGCUGUGGUACAAUCAGGAUGGUUAAUCCAUGGGGGUAUUUAUGUUUGGUGAACCUCUUUCCCUGCCCCAACAUUUCUCCAGCAUUGCCCAGCAUUUAGCUCCAACCUUCCCUGCAAUGCUGAAAAAAGAGGCUGCCACCUCCUGGUUUCAUCGUGGGGGGUUUUGUUUUCAGGGUAAUUCACCAAAAUAGUUUCCAACCACCAAUUUUCCAUGUAGCCCAGAAAGUUACAUUUCAGUCUCAUCUAACCGGAAAACCUUCUUCGUUUGCUGUCUUUUAUACGUGACUCGUGGCAACAAUAGCUUCCUUCGUCUUAAUUUCUGGAAUGCUAUGCUAAUAGUUGUCCUAUCAACAGCAUUCUCCUACCUGUGCUGUGGAUGUUUGUAAUUUCUACACAGGCGCCCCCGGCAUGUUGAUUGCCUUAUUAUAGUUCUCGUACCAUGUAUGUUUGCACUGUUGCCAUAUUUUUUGAAAUAUUUAAUUUAACUUUAUGGAUUUAACUACUUCUUGAGGUGUUCAAAGUCUGGGAUAUGGUUUUAUAAGCUAACCAUUAUAAACACCUCUGUAACUUGUCCCCAGUCCGGUCUGCUGUGUUCUUUGUGUCGUUUUUUGAUGUUUUAAUCACGUUCUCUUAACAAACCUCUGAGGCCUUGACUGAACACCUGUUUUUAAGCAGAGAUCACAGUAAACACAGCUUGACUUUCUUUUUCCAUCGUUUGAUUUCUGGGGCCAUUUUUUUUCCUAAUUCAUUGUUUUUUGGGGCAUCAGAGCGAUGGGGCUGAAUACAAAGGCAAUGCACACUUUUUUGUUUUCUUUUUCAGAAGGUUUGGAGAACUAUUCAUCUUUUUACUCCUACAUAAUUAUGAGCUUACUCUGUUGGUGAUAAGAAAAUCCCAGUUAAAUACAUUGAGGCUUGCGAUUGUAACGUUACAACAUGAACAUUUCAAGCCAUCUGGAUACUUUUGCGAGGCGAUGCAUUUUCUUUUGGAGUGCUGGAAGCCAGAGGAUUCCACAUUUAUCACCAUUUUAUGUUCAACACAGACACGGUAAAACAAAUAAACGUCAAGGUUUUGUCCCAUUUCGGGGGAGGUAAAGAAAGCAAUGAAAACCCUUGGUAAUGGCAAACUAUUCAAACCGUUAUUUUUAUGUUCAUUGUUGCACCUGCGUUUACGCCUCUAAAGUCCUACAUAUUUUCAAAGAUUGUAUUUGUAUUUUAAAAGAUGAUUUUGAAUAAUCAAAGUAUCUGUUAGCUUUUGUGAUGUGAAAUGCAAACUGAUGGAGAGGAUACGUCUUCCUUUGUUAGUUAUGUUGACUAAGAAUGCACUGCCAAGACUUCUACUGAGAAUCAUACCUGUGGAUGAAUGUACAUGUCAGCUAAGCCAAAGUUGUAAAUUGUAUUUUGCACCUUCUCCUAGUUGACAUAAAAGUUAAUCAACAAGCAUACAUUAUUUUCAGUGCUAAUGGAGUCUAAUAAAUGAAUCUUUAUUUUACAGGAUGAUUCGUAAAAAC